UUUGACUUGGUGUGUGGGCGUGAGUAUCUACGUGCCAUGUAUACUAGUAUGUAUAUGUUUGGCAUAUUCUUUGGUGCUCCAAUGAACGGCUUCCUGGUACGGCCGACGUCCCCUGGUGUUGGUGGGCGGUAUAGCAUACGUGGUCAUAGCGAUCCUCUCAACGUGGCUGCCUAACCUCUCGGCGAUCCUCGUGGCGAGGUUCCUCCUGGGAGUUGUGCAUCCUUUGGUUGUGAAUAGUGGCUAUAUCUUGGCCAUCGAGGUCUCAGAGCCGCGCCUAAGAACGGCCUUGGGCAUAACGCUUUACCUCCCCUGGGCCUUGGGUGCCAUGGCCCUCGGAGGACUGGCCUAUCUGCUGAGGAACUGGAGGACGCUUCAGCUGGCCAUGUCUGUCAUUGGAGUGGCCAUGUUCCCCGCUUUCUGGUUCAUGGACGAGUCUCCGCGAUGGCUGAUGGUGACCGGGGAGCACGAGAGAGCCCUGAAGGUACUGAAGAAGGCGGCGAAGUGGAAUAAGGUCUCGCUUCCUCCUCAGAACGAACUUCUUACUCUCAUGAAGGAGGUAGAAACUUUGAGGCCUUUUGGAGAUGAUUGUGAUCGUGUGAUAGUGAAAGUGAGGAUAAAAUUUAGUUUGAGGACCCCGAAGCUCCGCCUCAUCACGAGCGUCAUGUACCUAGACUACCUGGUGUUGGCCAUGGUCUACUACGGCCUCUCCCUCAGCGGCGGCAACCUCAGCAGCGACCCCUUCGUGUACAUGGUGCUGUCGGGCCUCAUGGAGGUUCCUGCGUACACCCUCGCCUUCCCCGUCGUGCAUCGCUUCGGCAGGAGGGGCCCCACGGUUCUCUGCUGUCUCCUGUGCGGGCUGGCGCUCUUUGUCUUGGCUGCUGUGCCCACAGAUUACUCAUGGCUGAUUGUGACCAUGGCUCUGUUCGGGAAAAUGACGAUCACGGUGGCUUUCCAAAUCGCGAUUCUCUAUUCUUCCGAACUCUUCCCGACGGAGGUGCGGAGUCGAGGCAUCGGGACGUGUUUCAUGCUGUCUCGAAUCGGCUCCAUCUGUUCGCCGUUCAUCACGGAUUUUCUGGGCUCCCUCAUCUCGUGGGCUCCGUCCGUAGUCUUCGGGGCCGCGUCGUUGGUCAUCGGGCUAGCGACAGUGGCACUUCCGGAGACCCUCGGGAUGGCACUGCCUGACACCAUCGCCGACCUCGAGGAGAGAGACUGCGUUGAUUCUAGAAGAAGUUUUCUUCCAUCGUUCCUCAAGAAAUCAAGACCGGAACGCAAUUAGCUGCAGACAGACGAGGGCCAAAUCAUGCAUGCAACACGAUAUCCUCACCUGAUAUCCAUACGUGCCAGAGUUGAUGCAACUUCAUUGCCAUUUUUUCACUCGGAAUCGAUAUUUCAUUUUUGGCUUGAUUUAAUAAGAAAUAUGCGUAAAAUGCUAU